AUGGCAGCAACGAUCGCAUCAGUUGAAACGGAACAGAUCAAGCAGGAGAUCACAUCCGUCGUCGAAGAAGAACAACAGCAGCAGAGUCCUGUAGUGACUUCCCCGUCGACCGUCGACCAAGACUUUACCGAAGAGAUUGUAGCACCAUUGCCCGCGUCCAAGACGUCCGUAGUCUCCGCCCCGUUGCCGAUCGUCGGUAAGGCAUUUGACUUGAAGCGCGCCAGCGUAUCGUCCGUGGACAGCGACAUAUCGCUUUCUUACGACGCGGCACCAUUUUACCCGCGUUCGCUGAGCCAAACCGGCGGCAUGUCAUCGGCCAACAACUCCAGCGGGUCCGGCACUGAUGACGGUGGCCGGCACCAUUCGGCCGCUUCCGCCGCCGCCGCCAUCAAUAACACGGACUCGUCCGAUUCGGCAUACGAGGGCGGUCAGCUCAAGUCCGGUGACGAGUCCGCACCGUUCGUAACUCCAGACGAGGAGACAACCAAGCGCAUACUUGACCAGGUGGAGUUUUACUUCUCGGACGCAAACAUCGUUAAAGACGCGUUUUUGUUGAAACAUGUCCGCCGUAACAAGGAAGGAUACGUGUCUUUGAAGCUCAUCUCAUCGUUCAAGCGGGUUAAGCACCUGGCCAAGGACUGGCGGGCUGUCGCGUACGCCAUAACCAGGUCGGAGAAGCUUGAGGUGAACGAUUCCGGAACAAAGCUGAGGCGUAAGGAGCCUCUGCCCGCGUACGACCAGACGACACCAUCCCGGACCGUCGUGGCCAUCAACCUGGCCGAGGAGAAACCGGUUACCAUCGAGUCGGUGGCCGAGUUAUUCCGCGGAUGUGGUGAGAUCGCGCUGAUCCGCGUGCUCCGUCCCGGCAACCCCAUACCGUCGGAUGUCCGUCAUUUCGUCAACAAGCACCCAGAGAUGGGCAGCAAUGUGAGCGCUCUGAUCGAGUUCGUGCGCACCGAGUCAGCGCACAACGCGAUGAGCAAAGACUGGACCGCGGAAAAGGCCAAGGACGGGCAGUCCAUGUGCGUGCUCGAGCUCAACGCUCCCGCGUCCAAGAAGAAGGCCACCGCAGCCGCCAAGAAGUCGCCGAUGAACCGACUAUUCGACUCGGAGUACUCGUCGUCGUGCCAGAGCGGUUCCGAGGCGGAGGACAGGCAAAAGAUGCGCAUGCAGCGUAAGGUGUCGGCCAACACCCUCAUGCGGUCUGACUCGUCGUGGAACCAGCGCAGAUGGUCCAGGGACUCGGGCACCGACAGCUCCGCGUCUGGGUACUCUCGACGCGACUCGUACGUACCGCCGCCGCAGCAUCACAUGCAGCAGCCCGGCGAUUACGGUCACAACAGGCGCAUGUCGUCUGGCUGGGACUCGAGCUCUGAAAGCUAUUACUCGGGAAGAUCGCGUUCCAGCAGCGGCGUGUCCAUACCGGAAACGUUUGGAAUGCGCCGCUUUUCGUUGGCCAACCGCGGCCCCGAACAGCAGCAGCAGCAACAGCAGCAGCAACCGUGCUGUUGUUGCGGCCACAACCAGCCGCCACAGCCACAGCCGCAGCAACAGCCUGUGGCCAUGCGCAGACACUCGACACAGGACAACGGGCACCACUACGAUAUGAGGCGGUGCAGCAGUAGCAGCAGCAGCAGCGGAGGCGGUGAUAUGAUAAUGCGCAAGGAUUCGACGUCGGACUUCUGUUGCGGCAGCCAGCAGCGGGAUGGCUUCCACAACUGGUCGCGCAAGAGCAGCUCGUCGUCGAUGGGCGAGGGAGGCAUGGGCCGGCGUCUAUCUGUCGACUCCGAUUCAUCGGGUGGCAGGGGCCGCCGCCCCAGUUUGGGCCUCGUGACGCCGGAUAACGUUGUCAGGAUGCCGAAGGGCCCAGACGGUUGUGGCAGCCGCGGUUUCCAGAGAGAGCCGAUGUUGGACUCUACCCUUUACGAAUGA